UCUGAUCUUCUUCUUCCCCUUCUCCAUCGCAAUUCGAGUCUAAGUACCCUCUCCCCGAUCUAGCUUCAUUUUCACUCGGGCCGGAGCUGUGGUACCGGUUGCCACCAUUCUUGGAGUACAAUCACCGUUCUCGGCUCCUCUUUCAUAUGAUCCUCGAAGUUCUCGGUUUAGUCUUCUACGCGGGGGGCUUGAGGGAGGAAGGUCGGGGGAAGAGACGCUUGAGGCUGCUGAAAGGGGAUUCACUCAGCGUCCCCAUCCAUUCGUCAAUCUGGCGCAGAAGAUCGGAAAAUCGGUCCGACGGCCAGGUGUUAUGUCCAAGGCCCGGGUUUACACAGAUGUGAAUGUCCAACGUCCGAAAGAUUAUUGGGACUACGAGGCCCUCACCGUCCAAUGGGGGGACCAAGACGAUUACGAGGUAGUGCGUAAGGUGGGGCGAGGGAAAUACAGUGAGGUUUUUGAAGGUGUCAACGCCGUGAAUAGUGAGCGUUGCGUUAUGAAGAUUUUGAAGCCAGUAAAGAAAAAAAAGAUCAAAAGAGAGAUCAAGAUUCUGCAAAACCUUUGUGGAGGGCCCAACAUUGUGAAGCUUCUGGACAUUGUCCGUGAUCAGCAAUCGAAGACACCCAGCCUAAUUUUUGAGUAUGUGAACAAUACUGAUUUCAAAGUGCUCUACCCCACUCUUACAGACUUUGAUAUCCGAUACUACAUUCAUGAGCUGCUCAAGGCUUUGGACUAUUGCCAUUCUCAAGGGAUUAUGCACAGGGAUGUGAAGCCACACAACGUGAUGAUUGACCAUGAGCAGCGGAAGCUUAGGCUUAUUGACUGGGGACUUGCCGAAUUCUAUCAUCCUGGCAAAGAGUAUAAUGUGCGUGUUGCCUCUAGGUACUUCAAGGGUCCUGAGCUGCUGGUUGAUCUUCAAGAUUAUGAUUACUCUCUCGACAUGUGGAGCUUGGGGUGCAUGUUUGCCGGCAUGAUAUUUCGGAAGGAGCCAUUCUUUUAUGGGCAUGACAAUUAUGAUCAACUUGUGAAGAUUGCUAAGGUGUUGGGAACUGAUGAAUUGAAUUCCUAUCUAAACAAAUACCGCCUAGAGCUGGACCCCCAUUUGGAAGCACUGGUUGGCAGGCAUAGCAGGAAACCUUGGUCAAAGUUCAUCAAUGCUGAUAAUCAGCAUCUGGUUGUUCCAGAGGCUGUGGAUUUUUUGGAUAAGCUUCUACGCUACGAUCAUCAAGACAGGCUGACUGCGAAGGAAGCUAUGGCACAUCCCUAUUUUUAUCCCGUGAAGGUGUCGGAGGUUAGCAACCGUCGCAGUGCUUGAUAUGAAUUGAUAUAUCUCAUCUCAAUCUGGUUUUGUGUUGCAGAUGGGCUUUCUUGUGAUUACGUCCCACCCGGCUACCAGGUUUCUCAGUUGUGCGAAGCGCUUCGUUAUUUGAUCGCUUUUUGCUGUGACUAAAGCUUUUGUGGGUGGAUAUGUUAUGUAACUUCAUUCAUCAAGCUUAGGUUUAUGCUUGGAGAUCACAGGAAUCCAUGUUCUUGAACAUCUUAAUAUUUUCAAACUUAGGAACUCAUUUGACUCUUUGAAGCAGCUUUUGCUUUUAAUUGUUGAAAAAAAAAAAAAAAAAAAAUGGAGUCAUUUCUAAGGUCUCAAAGAUGGCUUCAUUUCUUCGAUUCUCCCA